AUGUCUGAAUGGCAGUGGGAGAGCAGAGUCUACAAGUAUGAUGUGUUCACGGAAUCUAAGCCAUACAUAUUUGACCGUGUAUUCCAGUCGAACACGUCACAGGAACAAGUAUACAAUGAUUGUGCUAAAAAGAUUGUCAAAGAUGUACUUGAGGGAUACAAUGGUACAAUAUUUGCUUAUGGGCAAACAUCAUCUGGGAAAACGCACACUAUGGAAGGGAAGCUUCAUGACCCAGACGGAAUGGGGAUUAUUCCAAGAAUAGUGCAAGAUAUUUUUAAUUAUAUUUACUCUAUGGAUGAGAAUCUCGAGUUUCAUAUUAAAGUGUCAUAUUUUGAAAUAUACUUGGAUAAAAUAAGGGACCUUUUGGAUGUUUCGAAGACCAAUCUUUCUGUUCACGAAGAUAAAAAUAGAGUUCCCUAUGUAAAGGGUUGCACAGAGCGUUUUGUAUGUAGUCCAGAAGAAGUUAUGGAUACUAUAGAUGAAGGAAAAUCUAAUCGGCAUGUAGCAGUUACAAAUAUGAAUGAACACAGUUCCCGAAGUCAUAGUAUUUUUCUUAUUAAUGUCAAACAAGAGAAUACUCAAACAGAACAGAAACUAAGUGGAAAACUUUACCUUGUGGACUUGGCAGGGAGUGAAAAGGUUAGUAAAACCGGAGCAGAAGGUGCUGUGUUGGAUGAGGCUAAGAACAUCAACAAGUCUUUGUCUGCUCUUGGAAACGUCAUUUCAGCUUUGGCUGAAAGCAGUACUUACGUCCCAUAUCGUGAUAGCAAAAUGACGAGAAUCCUUCAGGACUCACUAGGGGGCAAUUGCAGAACCACUAUUGUUAUUUGCUGUUCUCCAUCUUCAUACAAUGAAUCUGAAACUAAAUCUACUCUUCUGUUUGGGCAAAGAGCCAAGACCAUUAAGAACACAGUCUGCGUCAAUGUGGAGCUUACUGCAGAACAGUGGAAGAAGAAAUAUGAAAAAGAAAAAGAGAAGAACAAGACUCUGCGUAACACCAUACAGUGGCUAGAAAAUGAACUCAACAGAUGGCGGAAUGGGGAGACUGUACCAGUUGAUGAGCAGUUUGACAAAGAGAAGGCCAAUUUAGAAGCUUUCACAGUGGACAAGGACAUUACUGUUAUUAAUGAUAAACCAGCUGCUACAAUUGGAGUAACCGGCAAUUUCACUGACACUGAGAGAAGAAAAUGUGAGGAAGAAAUUGCCAAGCUGUACAAACAACUAGAUGACAAGGAUGAAGAGAUUAAUCAGCAGAGCCAACUAGUAGAAAAACUAAAAACACAAAUGUUGGAUCAGGAGGAGCUUCUCGCUUCUACCAGACGGGACCAAGACAACCUGCAGGCAGAGCUGAAUCGCCUCCAAGCUGAAAAUGAUGCGUCUAAAGAAGAAGUGAAAGAAGUGCUACAGGCCCUUGAAGAACUAGCAGUCAACUAUGACCAGAAGUCUCAGGAAGUAGAAGAUAAGGCAAAGGAGUAUGAGCUGCUUAGUGAUGAACUCAAUCAAAAAUCGGUUACUUUAGCCAGUAUAGAUGCAGAGCUUCAGAAACUGAAAGAAAUGACCAACCAUCAGAAGAAACGAGCAACAGAGAUGAUGGCCUCCUUACUAAAAGAUCUUGCAGAAAUAGGAAUUGCAGUAGGAAAUAAUGAUGUCAAGCAGCCUGAGGGAACUGGCAUGAUAGAUGAAGAGUUCACAGUUGCAAGACUGUACAUUAGUAAAAUGAAAUCAGAAGUGAAAACAAUGGUAAAACGUUGCAAACAGUUGGAAGGCACCCAAGCUGAAAGCAAUAAGAAAAUGGAAGAGAACGAGAAGGAGUUGGCUGCCUGUCAGCUCCGUAUCUCACAGCAUGAAGCUAAGAUCAAAUCAUUGACUGAGUAUCUUCAGAAUGUGGAACAGAAGAAGAGGCAACUGGAAGAGUCUGUAGAUUCCCUUAAUGAAGAAUUAGUUCAACUUCGAGCACAGG